AUGCGAGUCAGUUUUCUGUUAGCUUCAAGUAAGGUGGACGUUUGCUUUAUUCAAGAAACAAAAUUAUCUAGUUUCAAUGAUGUUGUGGCUAGAUCCUUUUGGGGCGGUAUAGAGGUGGAUUGGACGGUUAGCCAUUCGGAAGGCGCAUCGGGAGGAAUGGCAAACCUUUGGAAGAAAGGCUCCUUGAAUCUCAAUUAUAGUUUUAAGGCCCUUGGCUAUGUAGGAAUUAAUGUUUGGUGGAAAAGUACGUGCGUUAAUCUAGUUAACAUUUAUGCUCCUUGCAAUGCGGUAGCUAGAAGAGAUCUUUGGAAAAGUUUGGUGGAUAGGAGGAACAAUUGUGGGGGUGAAGAGUGGUGUCUUGGAGGAGAUUUCAACGAAAUUACGAGUAGAGAAGAAAGAUUAGGUGGAGUAGGUUAUCUUAAUGUGCGAGGUAUGGAGGAGUUUCGGGAGUUCUUUGUUCGUAUGGGGGUGGUUGAUAUUCCUUGUGUGGGAGGUAGAUUCACUUGGUUCAAGGAUAAUGGGAAAGCAAUGAGUAGAAUUGACAGAUUUCUUGUCUCAAGAAAUUUGAUUGAUAUGUGGGGAGUGGUUGAUCAACGGAUAGGGAGUAGAGAAUUUUCUGAUCAUGCGCCUAUUCGCCUAAAUUGCGGAAUUAUCGAUUGGGGUCCAAAACCUUUUCGUUUCAACAAUACUUGGUUUAAACAUAAAACUUUAAAGCCUUCAUCCAUGAAGAGUGGCUCAAGAUCAAAGUUGUCGGAAUGGGAGACAUUAUAUUGUUUGAAAAGCCUAAGAGCGUGA